AAACUCUCUCUUAGGCAAAAUGGACAAAGCUACAAAAACUCAUGUGUUUUCAAUUGCCAUAAUUUUGAUCAUUUCAUGUGGUGCAGUGAUGGGGCGUGACUGUAAUAUUAGAUCAGAUUGUAAUUAUUUGACAUGCGAUCAAGGGUUGCCAACUUGUAUUGAUGGGCAUUGCCUAUGUUUAAUACUCAAUACCAAACCUAAAGGACAGAGCUGUAAGAAAGCAUCAGAUUGUCAAAUAAAUUGUUGGGGUGGGGAACCAUUUUGUGUAGAUGGGCAUUGUGUUUGUACUUAAUUAAAACAAGACAUAUAUAUGAUAUAUAUAUAAUAUAAACUUAAAUUCCAUUGAUAAUAUAUGGAGGUUCUGAAUUAUAAUUUAAAGGGGCAAUAUUGUAUAAGAUAUUAUUUACUUGAAUGGCAAUGAAGUUUAUGUUUCGAUCGA